AACAAUUUCCGGCACGAAAAGAACGCCACGAACGCAUGCCAACGAAUCGGCAACCGAUGCCACCGAGGCUCAACUGGUGAGACUCGCACGAUUCAGGACGAUUCAGGACGAAGGACGAGGCCCGAACGACCAGCUAUAAGAAGCCGCCUGCAAAGCCAAAUAGUCGGAGUCGCGUUAGCAACGUCAAGCCGAAAACAUCGCGGCAUUUUCUGAAAAGCAAACCAAGUCGAACAGUCAGCCUACGAAAUAUUACGUAUACGCCGCGUGGAACUGUCGCCAAAAGAAAAACAUAACAGUGAAGUGAAGCUGUCUGAAAAAAAAAAAACAGAAAAAUAAGGAAAAAAGAGUUCUCCGCCUCGGCUCGUUAGUGGAAAAUUUUGUGCCUUUUGGCCAGUUUACGAGCGGCUCAGCAUAAAUUGCUGGUCUCCAUUACUCCAUACCUCUCCGCAUUUCCCAUUUUCACGGCCGUAAUGAGGCAAUGAGACGACUGGCAGUCGGCAGCCGGAACACCAGCAGCAUCGAAGCCAUGACAUCUGGAGCUAGCCGGAGUCUGGUGCUUUGGCCUCUGGCCGAGUGAAAAGGAUAGCUGCCAGGGAGGAAGCGAUGCUGCGCGAUAUCUUUCUGUAUUUAGUUCUAAUCGUUUUAUUUUGCUUCAUUUUCAUGGCGCAGUUAAUCGUCAACGUUUACGCGUUCCAGCGCCAGCCGUCGCCCCAGAAGGCGGAGCGCAAUGAAAUUAUAUUUGUCUAGAAGACACAACCUCUGAGCCACUUGAGAAAAAAUAACAAAAUACAAGCUGAACCACCCACUCACCUUAAGGGCAAAACAAAGAAAAAAUCUUGAAGAAUUAAUGCAGAGAAAAAUAUUUAACAUUAAUUGACUUUAAUUCGAAUUAAAUGCCACAGGACUAGUUGUGUUCCAAUAUAAAAUAGGUUAUUUUUAAACAUAAUUAUUACAUAUUCUGGAAAAUGUCAUUAUUUAUAUUGGAAUAUAACUAGGAUAGCAAAAGAGUAGAAACCACUUUACGACAAGUUUCUUGAAUCAAGAAUUUCCUCUAACGUUGAAACGUUUUUUUCACGGUGUGGGAAAAUGGAGUGGCAACAAAGGCGACAGUGGCUAGAAGUCAGACCACGGCGGUUUCUAUUUAAUAAGAAAGGGAACUCAACUGGGUUCACCAGCUCACGGUUGAGCGAGAAAAGUGGGAAAAAGUCUGGAGAAUAAAGAGGGAAAUGGCGGAGAUGGCGGGGAAGGGGAGAUCAAAAAGGGGGCUUGGGGGGAUCACCGCAGCAGGAAGAUAAACCCUCGAAGAACUGUUAAACUAGGUUGCUCGCUAAUUAGUAACGGUAGUCUUGGGAGUGCACAAUACACACCACACACCACUGA